AUCCUUCACUCCGCCAUGUCCGUCCAAUCCAAACACUUUGUCAAUGCCGCAGAGAAUCUCGUAGUCGAGUCUCUGCAGGGGCUCUGCGCAGUGAACCCCCAAAUCGCCCUCGAUGUUGCGGAUAAAGUGGUCUAUGUCGCAUCUCCGGAUCGUUCCAAGGUCGCAUUGAUUUGUGGUGGCGGCUCGGGACACGAGCCUGCGCACGGUGGCUUCGUUGGCGACGGCAUACUCACAGCCGCAGCGUGCGGCAGCGUCUUCGCGUCUCCCAACGCCAGCCAGGUGCGCAGAGCCAUCGACCUUGUGGAGAACGAGAAAGGUGCCGUCAUUAUCGUGAAAAAUUACACCGGCGACAUUCUGAACUUCGGACUGGCACGAGAGCAGUACGCUGCACAGCACCCUGAAAAGGCGGACCGCGUCAGGUUCGUCGUCGUAGCAGAUGACGUCGCGGUGGGCAGGAGCCAAGGGAAGAUUGUUGGCAGGAGAGGCCUUGCGGGCACAUGUCUGGUGUACAAGAUUGCCGGCGCGCACGCGAAACGAGGAGCAAGCCUCAACGAGGUGUAUGAUAUCGCGGAAUGGGUUUCGUCGCGUGUGGGCACGAUCGGUGUCGGCCUCGAGCACUGCCACGUCCCAGGAACAGCCGCAGGGGAGUCUCAUCUCAAGCCGUCAGAGAUCGAGAUAGGAAUGGGCAUACACAACGAACCUGGCAAUCGCCGUCUGUCGCCCAUUCCGCCACUCAGUGAUAUUGUCAAGGAACAGCUUGAUUUGCUCACGUCCACGUCUGACCCGGAGCGCUCUUUCUUGCCGUUCAAGGGCAAAGACAAGAUUGUCCUGCUCGUGAACAACCUCGGCGGGACGAGCGAGCUAGAGAUGACAAGUAUUGUUCGCGAGACCAGGCUCCAACUGGAGUCGCGGGGAUACCAGAUCGAGCGCGUGCUGGCCGGCACGUUCAUGACAAGCUUGAACAUGCCCGGUUACUCGAUCACCGUGCUCCUCCUCCCUGACUCAUCCGAGAAGAACGCCCCGUCGGCUUCUCUGCUUCUCGAGCUUCUCGACGACAAGCCCAACGUGCCCGGCUGGAAGUGGUCCGCGCCGUCGAAGCCGCUCGCGCCCUCAGCGCAGAUCAAACAGACCUCUGGGACAGGGUCGGCGGCCGCGGUCGCGGAGACAAUCAGGCUGCGCGCGGAGGACCCGCAGGCGUUCAUUGCAUCCGUCAAGCGGGCGUGCGAGGCGCUCAUCGAGGCCGAGCCGGAGCUCACGCGCAUGGACAGCAUCGCGGGAGACGGCGACUGCGGGCUGACGCUUAAGGACGGUGCGAACGGUGUCCUAAAGGAAGUCGACGCCGGCAGGAUCUCGGGCGACAACGUCGUCGACUCCGUCAUCGCCGUGGCCAAGGUCGCGGAGGAACGGAUGGGCGGGACGAGCGGAGCGCUGUACUCAAUAUUCUUCUCAGCGCUCGCACAGGGGCUGCAGGUCCACAGCAAGGGCACGCUGAGCGCCGCGCAGUGGUCCGAGUCACUGACGGAGGCGCGCGACAAGCUCUACACGUAUACCCGCGCGCGGCCGCCGUCACGCACGCUUGUGGACCCGCUGGACGCGUUCGUGCGGGCGCUGGCCGCGGCGAAGGGCGCCGACUUUGGCGCCGCGGUGAAGGCGGCAGGCGAUGCUGCACUGAAGACGCGCGAUCUGGAGGCGAAGGCAGGGCGCAGCGCGUACGUCGAAGGGAACAGGCUGAAGGACGAGCAGGUGCCUGACCCCGGCGCGUGGGGUGUGAAGGUCAUCCUGGAAGGUCUGCUGGGCUGA